AUGCAACACUUGGCCGUGUGUUUUCAGAGAAAAUUACUUCGUCAACAUGGACCAGUACUGCGUCAGGAGGUUCCCGACAGGGUCAAUGUGUGCGCCUCGUGCCACAGGAGGGCGUAUGAUUGGCAGUGUCAUGAUCGGACUUGGGGGGAGAAUGCGGGCCGGAAAAGCUACCUUGUGUCGCUCUUUGCUGUAUCACGGUCUUGA